AUGUCGGGAAGGAGGGAGUGGGGUGGGAUCCAGGAGUUCGGGCCCGCCCUGGGUCCAAGGGGACGGGCCCUGCAGGAGCUUGGGGGCAGGACCCGGCGGCUGAGCCGGGCCGCCUGGGUCCCCAGGGGGCGGGGGCUGAGUCCGGAUGCCUGGGUCUCUCAGGGAGGACUAGAAAUCGCUCCCACCCUAUCCCUUCCUCCCUCCCUCCCCGACUCCUUGCCCGCCUCCGCCUGGGCGGCAGCUCCAGGCGCGCCUGCCCGCAAAGGACCUAGAGUUCCUUGUCCUUCCCCCUCAGGGACCUUGGUGUCCCCAUCCCCCCAGCUUGCGCCCCUUGGGGACCCAGGUUUCCUGGCCUCCAGCCCCCUCCGCUGUCUGGGAGAUGGAUGGGCCGUGGUCGCCCCCCUCUCCCUCUCCUGGGAUGGCCGGGAGGAGGGGAGCCCGGGAGACCCUGACAAGGGGCCCUCAGAGCCCAGGAGCCCCCAGCCCAGGGCCCAGGAGGAGGUGGCCCUGAGAAGUCUGGUGGUCACAGAGAUGUUUCUCCCAUCCAGCCCGCUCCACAUCUGGCUCUUCCUCUUUCUUCUCUGGGUCCUACCCGGCGUGGCCCCCCAGGAGCCACCACCAUUGCCCCCAUUCCCAGGACCCGAGUGGGACCUGCUGUCCCCACGGGUGGCCCUGUCUCGGGGGGCGCCCUCAGGGCCCCCACUCCUCUUCCUCCUGGAGGCCUCCCUGGCAGCAGCCCCAGCCAACCGGAGCCGACGGGAGGCUGGGGCGGGAGCGGAGGCUGGCCGUCGGGGCGAGCUGGCUGUAUGUGACGCAGUCAGCGGUUGGGUGACCGACCGCCGCACCGCUGUGGACCUUCGGGGCCGCGAGGUGGAGGUCCUGGGGGAAGUGCCCGCAGCAGGGGGAGGGCCCUUGCGCCAGUACUUUUUUGAGACCCGAUGCAAAGAGGCGGGGGGCCCUGGAGGCGGGGCCGGCUGUCGUGGCGUGGACCGAAGACACUGGGUGUCUGAAUGCAAAGCCAAACAGUCUUAUGUUCGGGCGCUGACUGCAGACGGGCAGGGCCGAGUGGGCUGGAGGUGGAUCCGCAUUGACACGGCCUGUGUGUGCACCCUGCUCAGCCGGGCCACUGCUGGGGGGCGGGCCUGA